AUGCAGGAGUUUCUGAGAACUAGGAGCCCCCACAGCCUUGAUACCUUUAGGAUGAAACAUGCUGUUCCUGAUGCUGCUGCCCGUGGCCCAGGCCCAGCUCCAGCCCCCAUGGAACUCCCUGGCCUUUCCAAUAUCUCACUGUUUCUCACCUCUGGACAAGAAGGGGAUAAGAAUGGGAGGCCAAACAGAGCAGUGGCUGAAAUGUUUUCUAGGUUACACAUUGAUCUAUGGGCUGAUAAGAGCUAUGAUAACAUUGUUAAAGUAGAAAGGAAGGGCACCUGUCCUCACCUGGGCUCAGGGUCCUUUGGCAAAGCUUCCUGAAGGAGAUGGCACAAAAACCCAGUUCUCUGGAGGAGUCUUGUUAUCUCAGGCAGUCAAUACUUCAGUCUCUUCUACCAAUGGCUCUCUGCUGUUUGUUCUAGAGGUCUUUGGAGACCCUGGCUGUCCUCUACAAAUGACACAUUAAAGCAGGUGAGGACACUAAUGGAUUUGACCAUCAGUGGGGCAACAUGUGCUGAGGUCACCAAGGCUAGCUCCGAGUUCCAUCACCCUGUCAGGCUUUUCUGGCCUAAAUCACACUCAUUUGACUACCUGUACGGAUAUGGUGAGAUUUUACUGCAGAACUUCCCUGUCCAGGCAACAAUCAAUCUGUAUGAAGACUUAGACAGAGAAGAAGAUGAGGACGAGAAGGAAGAACAUGAUGAAGUGAAAGAGGAUGCAGAUAAAAAGGCCCAGAAGGAGGUGUUAAGACUUGGACUCAGCCUUGAGCAGGACAGCCAAACUCACACAUUAGUGCCAUCUGUUGGACACAAUUGA